UGUCAUUCUUAAAAGUCCUUCAAGCGCUCAUUUUUUCUUUCUCUUUUUUUCUCCGUUUUUUUUUUUUCCUUCGUUUUUGUGGAAACGCGUUUUUGUCGUCGCGUUAGCUUUUUAAGUAAGGAUUUUAAAUAAGAAUUUUUUCGAGAAAUUUGCACUGUCCUUUUUUUUUCUUUCUUUUUUUUUUUUUUUUAAAUAAAUAGUUUAAUUUGUGAUUUACUCGAGUCGAUCGAAAAUAACAGGUCGUUUGUUUACUUGGAUGUUUUCUGUUAAAAAGGUGGAAUAUAAGGAAAGGAUUAGGUCAGAGAAUAGAGACAUGAUUUUGUGAUGGAGGUGAUUUCGACACGGCGAUAUGAGGUCCGACCACCACCUACGACUAACCAUCAUGGAAUCGUUGUCGACCCUGAGAAUUCCGUGGCAUUGGUCAAAGAAGAGGAAUGGGAGACACGUAAGAAGAAAGAAAUCACGACGACGAGACAAAUAGAAACUAGAGUGAAGAGACAGGUUGUCUUAGAGGAUGGUGAAGUCGUCGUUGAUACUGGUCCAUUUGUUACUACGAACACUACGGAAGACGUUGAACAACAAGAACAUACUACCGAAGAAAGAAGAACGACUGGGGAUCAACCGCAAGAAGUUGAAUGGCCCGUAGCUGGUAAAGGAACAACCGACGGAAUAGUUCAAAAGGAACUUAACGAAACUGUGGUGAGGAGUCGUGAGGAGAUAGAGGAAAGACUCGAGACCGAGGAUCGUCAACAACUUGGAGAUAUCUCCGACGAGGCUUAUCAAAAAGCGGUACAGAGCAAUAGAGGAGAUCUGAGAAUCGCUUUGGCGGAAUCGACGAAGCAAAUUGCACCACAGACAGGACCAAGGAUCGUACAGCAUACGACCAGGUCGAACAAGGUCAUCGACACUGAGAAGACCCUGGAAAAACAGGAACUUAAAUCCGAUGGUCUAAUCGUCACGGAGAAAAAGAAAACUGUUGAGCACGAGGAGAUCAACGACGACGAAGUACCGGACGACGGUAGCAUCGAAGACGUGUCAGAAACGAGAAAGGAAGCUUCUCAAAGAUUUAUAAAAAAACGAGAAGAAGACGUGGUCGAUUACGUAUCAGGUGGCGAGAGAAUCGCUCGUGAAAUGCGUUACGUCGCAGAGACGACCGAAGGUGAACGAAUUGGCGAUUGGUCGCCACCACCAACAAAUAUGAGGACCACUCGGCUUCAUAAACAUACUGGUUUUCCUACGGAAGGUACAACAGCUGCUAGAAAAGAUGCUCUAACGAAGAAGCCAUUGGAUUUAGAAGAAGAAGACGAAGCAAGAAAAUUCGAGACGUCCAAAUGGUUAGAAAGUCACUUUGGUAGCGAGUCUCGUUCAUCACAUGGUUCUAUAGAUGCCGAUGAUGGACCUUUCAUACCUAACACCAAUACUAGUUACAUACAUGUCACGAUGAAGUCCUGUAGUCCGAGAGAGAGAGAAUAUCAAAACGUUAAUUCUAAUCGUCAUCAUCAUAAUUCAGCUACUGGCCGCGAUUCUACCUCACCUUCUGGUUAUUUUCACGGUAUCAGUGAAUGGUCCGAAAGAUACCAAGGCAAAGAAAAGGAAGACAAUUAUACGAGAACGGGUUCGCCAUCGCAACAUUUGGAAACAGGACGAACGAAUGGACAUUCUCGCGAGCAUACGAAAAAUCAAUUCGAGUCGACGUAUUCGCGUACUUACGAAUCCGUUCGACGACGUGAACAUCAGGAAAGUGUUCAAGAUGACAAGCAACGUACACCGUCACCACCUGCACGACGUAAACCCAAGGAACAGUUACAUUCGAGGGUCAUAGAGAAAACAAUUACGAACGAAUCACCGUCGAUUAGAACAUCAAGUCCGGUUCACGUUGUGCAAAGAACAUGGGAGAGUAGAAGUCGAGAUGUUCAGGAGCAAACGGUUGAUCGAGAUGCUCGUAAAAAGUCGACGAGUGUUAGGUCGCGUUCGACUUCACCGAAACAAGUGAGAAUUAUGCGCGAGGAAAAGAAAACGAAUGUCACCAAUUCGUCACGUCCCUCCAAAAGUACCAGUCAAUCGAAAUACAAGAUCGGUGAAUCCUUCCGUAAGCUGGUAGGCAAGUUACGUUCAGCAAGUACAGAAAGGAAGAACAAACAAAAAAGUGGUAAUUCGAUGUCACAAGUAACGCAAACGGAGGAUGAUGGAUCUACUUAUAUGCAGUACAACGUUAUAGACAAAAAUAUUCCAUUGUUCAACGAUCGAGAGAUUGAAAAUCGUAUACCAGAGAGACCACCUAGAUCACCAAGAAAUAGCAACGUCGUGACUACUAAAGUAAUACCAUCUAAAACAACGAAAACUACGAGCGAUCGUUCGAUUCGUGAUGAUCACGGUCAAAGAAACGAAACUAUUCCACCGGUUCAUAGGUAUUAUCUCGGUGAAGAUCCAUUCGGUGGUAGCAUCUAUGGCCGUGAGAGAGGAUACAAAGACGCCAAACGUCCAACGAGAAAUCGUUUCGUUUCUAAAACUGGUGGAGCCAUCGAAACGGAAUACAGUGUCGCGACCAACUCACUCGGCAGGUUUAGCAAAUCAACCAGUCGAUUGACUAACGCGUACGAGACGGAUGAUCAAUUCAGGAACGUACAAACAUUGCCAAGGAAUAUGAGGUCCGAGGGUAAACCAACUUAUCAACCAUCGUCUUCUUCAACGAGACAACAAGUUCAUUCCGUCGUUCCAAAUUCUCACGGAAUGACAACUUCGAGACAAUAUGGCAGUAUGAUCAACAUAUCUAUUAAAAAUGCUAUUACGUCAACGCCAAAGUCCCAUCAACCGUACACAAAUCUUCAGGCACCUGUUAAACCUGAAAGAACGUACAAGUCAACGUUAGCUCGUAGCAAAAGUUUCAACGUCGAGGCCGAUAAAAAUGGCGUUGAUAAAACGAUCAAUGUACCUUACAAAUCCAGUUUGCAAUUGAAUCGUUUGGACGAGACACCACCGUUAAAGAGUCCUGGUAUUCUUGCCAGCAUCAGUCGUAGCAAUAGAGAUCUAUUUAAGGAUAGCAGAAGAGAGUAAGGAAAUAUAUGUAUGUACACAUAUGUAUAUGCUUUUGAUCUGAUUUAAAACAAUCUUUCCAUUGAUUUAUUUUCUUGAGAUCAUAUCUAAUAUUAGAAGAAAGAUGCGCUUGUUUACCCAAACUAUGACGACACGAUCCGCAUAUUUAUUUCCACUUCGUUUAAGAUCCUUUCGAUAGUAACUUUAAAGUUGACAAAGAAAAACAAAAAUAGCAAAAGAAUAUAAAACGAAAAGCUCACAAAGGUUUAAAAUAUUGUUAACGUUGUAAUGUUUGUUCUCUUUUUUCUUUUUUUUUUUUUCUUUUCUCUUUUUUUUUUCUCGUUUCGACAAGUACAUACAAUUACACAGUUUCUAAAAUAAAAUAAUGUAUUUUAUUAUAUAAUGUAAUAUUAUACUCGAAGAUAUCAAGUACAAAUUAUCUUCAUUAACAUAUACUACAUUCAAACUUGUUUUACCAGUGGAUAUUACGGUAUGUAUGAGAAAUUAAAAAAAAAGAAGAAGAAAAGAAAAGAAAAAAAAAAAGAGAGAGAGAUGAAUAGAUAUAGAAAAAGAAAAGGAAUUUUAAAUAUAUUCAACGAAUUGUAAAAAUAAUAAAAAAUAUAUAUGUGAAACAGAAAAGAUCGAAUUUCUUUGGUUUUUUUGAUUUCAUUAUCAAUUUCAUUGAUUAUAACUUAUUGAGCCUUUUGUUUGGUCUUUUUAAUUUCUGAUAAUAGUCGUAACUUUUUAAAAGCUAGUAUUAAGAUAAGAGCGUUAACGAUGUAACUACUUAUGCAAAUUAUACAGAUAUCUCUUAAUACGUAUAAAAUAUAAGCUAGAUAAAUGGAAGCAAUGUUUGAUAAAAUUCCUAAAAAUAUAAUCGUGAAGACACUAGA